GGUUUGAAGCGAAGGGCGCGAUUUCCCAGAUUCGUUCGCGGUUGGCUUCUAGUGGACCGGGUGACGGCCACCAGGCCAACAGAGAGAUGGCGGGGCAGCUGACACGUGAAGGGAUCACUCUGAAAGGCAGCGCGGAGAUCGUGUCCGAGUUCUUCUUUUUUGGCAUCAACAGUAUCUUAUAUCAGCGUGGGAUUUAUCCUCCAGAGACCUUUACCCGUGCACAGAAAUAUGGGCUCAGCCUGCUAGUCUCUACAGAUCCGGAUCUAAAGAACUACUUGGAUACGGUGGUGGAGCAGCUGAAAGAUUGGCUGUACAAAUGUCAGGUCCAGAAACUGGUGGUGGUGAUUACAAGUAUCGACAGCAAUGAAAUUCUGGAGCGCUGGCAGUUCGAUAUCCAGUGUGAUAAAACUGUAAAAGAUGACAGUGUCGUCAGGGAUAAGUCUCUAAAGGUUAUUCAAGAAGAAAUCCGGUCAGUCAUCAGACAAAUCACAGCUACAGUAACAUUCCUGCCAUUGCUGGAAACCGCUUGUGCCUUCGACUUGCUAAUCUACACAGACAAGGAUAUGGAAGUGCCUGAAAAGUGGGAAGAAUCUGGGCCUCAGUUUGUUUCCAACUCUGAAGAAGUGCGCCUUCGUUCCUUCACUACCACAAUCCACAAAGUAAACAGUAUGGUGGCCUACAAGAAGAUAGACUCUUAGAUUUCUUUAUUUUUUUUAUUGAUGUACAGAAAGCUGCUUUGUCAUUGUCUCUGCUGCAUACGUCACUAGUGACCUUUGUCCUGAUGUAGCUUUUAAUUGUCUCUUAUCGCUGAUCUGGGAUUUUGAUCUAAAUUGUACAAUAAUUGGGGAGGCUAUGUGGGCUUUUUAGGCUUGCAUACAAAUUAGUAGUGUGAAGAGGUUUCCAGUUUAUUAUUCUAUUUUUGACCCGGCAGGUUACUGUGAUUUUUGUACUUUUUAUCAGGAGAAUGUUCCUGCUGCUUAGAUGUUACAUUUCCUAUCGAACAAGAAACAUUUGGUCCCGCCAUUACUCCCAGAUCUCUCCUCCUGUUUUAUUUAUA